AGAGAUAAUGCUGAUUAACAGCAAUAACAGUAUGGAUAGUGGGUGUGACAACCGGAUUGCUUUGUAAUGUGAAUGUAUCAAUGUUAACCUCUUGAAGAACCCAUAUGGACUCCAAUCAUAUCUGCAUUGAAAAGAUCACUGGUUUUAAAGGAUUUUCAAAAAACUGUUUUAAAGAGCAUUCAGAUAGAGGCAAAAGAUGAAAUUGUUAUUGCUGGGUAUAACUGUUGUUAUACUCUCACAUGAAUGUAGAGCCUACUAUGAGGCCCAGUACGCUCAAGUGGCACCCAUGCAGGUCACCCGAGACCUGUGCGUCAACAUGAUACCUCCGUACCUCGGCAGAAAACCUGUGAAAAACCGUUACCCAAUGAACUUGGAGAUAGACAGUCAAUGGAUCAGCCAUAAGAGACUGUCAAUUAGUGCCUAUUCUACACCAGACAGAUACAUGACCUUCUCCGGCAUGAUGGUGCAGAUCAUGAAGCAGAAUCUACCGUUUGGAGAGAUCGAGUCAGAUAACAAAAUAGAAAUUGCAGACUGUUCACCUGGCAGAAAAAAUUUGGCGUGUCUGAGGUCCUCCAAUAAACUUCGAGAAGCUUCUGUCAACUGGAUCUCCCCCCCAGGGUUUGAUGUUUACACCAAGCAGCUGCAGUGUGUUGUAACAAUCAUUGCUCUCAAUCAGAGAUAUUGGACAAUCACUUUUGACGUUGAACCUGCUCCAUACAAAUAUCCAGUGUACGGCAACUUCACUACCGAUAUGGGGCAUACGCCAUUAGAGUCUACGAAUUCAACACAAUUCCAUUAAAGACAUCUUGUUCGUUUAAA